AUGGACGCAAUGGAGGAACAAUCACAAGGGAGACUCCUUGAGCUACGCACAGAAGCAAGACCAAUGCAGAACGCGAUCAACAAGCUGCGCUCGGAAAUAAGCACACUUGACGACGUCCAGAAAGAACUGCGGAAAGCAGCCACAGACCUGAGCAAGAUUCGCCAUGAAAUCGCGGACGCUACGGCGACAAAUUUCCUCCUUUUGCGCCCACUCCAACUCGAUAUCUGGAAGGACGACUUUGAUGUUCUAGGAUACAAAAUAACCUCCAAUCAGCACACGUUCAAGCAAAUCGAACAAGGAUACGCUGAGGAGCUGGUAGAAAGGGUCGAGGUAAUGGAAGGGUUCUUACAUUUGUUGGGGGAGUUCAAGGUGUUGCAUGGGCGGAAAGAUCGAUUCCAGCUGCGCAAAACCAAGAGCUGUCUGAAGGUCACGGAGGUAAUACUCAAGGGCACAUCCAAGGGCUGGGGAAGGGUUUCAGACAAGAAGAAGGGUAUGAUGGAGGAAUCUCGGACCAUCUCUGGCAGGGCCUCGAUCGAGUAUAUGGGGACGGCUACGAUGCUGAUUUCUGCUCAUCAUGCUGUCGUCGCCAUGCUCACAACAAAUGAGGAAAGACUUGGAGAAGGUCGAUGA